AUGGCCACCCGGCCGCCGCUCGGGCCGCGGAAACGGAGCGGUCCCGCGCUGUGCGGGGCGGGCUGGCCGCGGGGCAGCGCCCCGGCCGCCGCGCUGGGGAACGGCUUCCCGCCCAGCAAACGCCCCAAGGGGCCGGCGGAGGUCGGGGCGGAAGAAGAUCCCUUCGGGGACAACGACGACUUCACGGCGGACGACCUGGAGGAGAUCGACACGAUCGCUUCGCAGGCGCUGUCGCAGGACGCCGCCGGACGAGGCCCGGCCCCGGCGAGCCGCCCACACGGCGCGUGGAGCGGCGCCGCGGAGCCCGGAGCGGGCGGCGGUGCGGACGGCGCUCAGCUGCGAGGGGCGUUCCAGCUGCAGGUGCUGCAGGCGCAGCACGAGGACGCCCGGCGGAAGCUGAAAGAAAUGCAGGAUGAAAUUCUUACUAAAAAUGGGGAAAUCAAAAUGUUGCGUGACUCAAUGCAGCAGAUGGAGCACACUAUGGAUGAGCAGAGAAGGUCGUACAUGCUGUUGGAACAGCAACAAUCUCAGGCCCUUGGUGAAAAAGAGAGAGAGUUCUCCAAAAAGUUACUGUCACUGCAGUCAGAGUUGCAGUUCAAAGAUGCAGAAAUGAAUGAAUUAAGAACGCGGCUUCAGAACUGUGAAAGAAACAAACACUCAGCUCAAACGGUUGUGCCACAAAGUAGCCCUAAAAAGAAUUUUACAGUCCAGAUGAAAUCAGAAGGGUGUCCUCUGCAGCCUGGAAAAAGGUCUUUUCCUACAAAAGAGUCUUUCAAUGCUGAAACAGCUGUCAGACCCUCUUCUUCUUCUUCAGGAAAUUGUUUUGCACAGAUGGUUUCCAGCAAGGAAGAUAGUAAGAUGCCCCAUCCUGAAUUGUCAUCCAUAAAGCAGGAAGCAAUGGGAAGGAAUGGUUCUUGCAAUUCUGUACCUCGUCGGAACAUUCAAGAGGAUGGAAAAGCCGCUCCAAAGGCAAUCUCUCCAGGUUCCGCCUUGCUGAGCGCCCUGCUGAAGCAGCCCCUUGUCUCUGGGUCCCUGCUGGGACUUUGCCAUCUCCUCAGCAGCAGCGCUGAGGCUCUGCCAGGAGCUGUGCUGCAGCCCGACCUUCUGCAGACGCAGCCCACGCAGAUGCCUGGCACCAGGGCAGCCCCGGAAGAAGUUGCUCCUCUUGUGUCCCUGCAAGAAGCUCAGAAGCUCGCAGUGACAGGGCUGAACUUGAUCGCUAUGGACGAAGGGCCGUGCGAAGGGAGCCCUGCAGGGAGUGGGAGCGAGGUGUUGUGUUUGAAACGCUGCAAGAUCCCAGGAGCUGUGCACCUCUUGCCCUUGGUGGAACACCACAUCGGCGCUUACUGUCGAGCGGUGCAGUCAGCAGACAAGUCAGUAAAUGCUUCUUGUGGAAACCAUGCAGUCGUUUCUUCCAGAACCAACACAAGUAAGGUGGCCAGUAAGGAGGACUUCAGGUUGUCUCUUGAAGAAGCAACAGUUCUGUCGCUAGGUAUUCUUUAUUAUUUGGCAUUUUAUAGCUGGGACGUUGUCCACGUGUUGCUGGCUAAUGAGGUGGAAGAAAGUUCUGCUGUUGGAGAAGAACAGCUUUCCAAGACGGACAGAAAUGUGCUGUGUGAUAAUAAAGAAGAUGACAGGACACAAGGAGGGCUGCCUGACGCUCCGCAGGAUGCUGACAGUAACGUUCAAGCACAACAUUCUUUGUUCAGAAAGCUGCUCCAGGUUUUAGCUUUUUCUGCCACCGCGGGCUCCCAGAUGGAUUGCAUCCUGCAGCACAGCCUGAAAGUUCUGGUAAAACUGGCUGAAAACUCAACGAUGGACUUGCUAAUCAAUUUUCAGCACCUCCUGAGCCACCAGGUGCUGCUCCGUGUCCUGUGCCCGGCCGUCCCUCUGCACACAGUUCUUCUGACCGUGAAGCUGCUGUCCAUACUUGCACAACACCACUUGCUGGUUGCUCAACUUUGCUCCCAUUCAGAUAGCUGCCUUCUUCUUGCACUGUACAUGUACAUCACGUCAAGACCGGACAAAUCGGCCUCUGAGGUGCAUUGGCUGCAGCUGGAGCAAGAGGCAGUCAGGCUCCUGACCCGGUGUGUGCGGUUCUCCAGCCCAACAGUUUUACCCCCUGCUGCACACUGCCAGUGUAAUCUGGAGGUGGUUAAGGCACUAAUAAUAAUGUUACACAGACAGUGGACAAAGAUUAGAAGAUUUGAGAGCAGCUUGUGUGCACAUAAGGAGCAAGUCAUUCAGUUCUUAAGGGACGCUGUCCUACUCUUACACAGCCUAUCUCAGAAAGACAAACUGUUUCAUGAGCACUGUUUGGAAGUACUCCAUCAGUAUGACCAAGCCAUGCCAGGCAUUAGAGCCAUCCUCAGAAAAACUAAAAAGCUGAGUGCCUGCGAAGAGCUGAUCUUGGAUGAAUUGUACCCUCCUGAGCCAGAAGCAGAAGAUCAGGACUCCAGUUAGCCAUGUGGCAGUGAUCUCUGCCCGUACUUCAGUCAUCGUAAUCACUGCCAGAGUAAAUCUGAUCUAAAUCAGCAAUUCUCCAAAGUGAUAACUCAAAAGUUGCCCUCCAAUGCACAACUAAAACACAAUUCUUUGUUGCAGUUAUUCUACCUAAGUGCUAUCCAAAUGAAAACAAGGAAAUUGUGACGUGAGGACAAAAAUAAUACUGCCAUGUACUGUUUUGCUGUGCAAAACCACUGGAAGGAUGAACUUAGGAAUGGUUCUGUUUAUGAGCAUCACCCUUCAUGAAGCUGCUGUGAAUGGAAACCUUACUGUGUGUUCCCUAUUUACUGUGACUACAGCUGCAUUUAUGCUGGUUUAUGAUGCUGAACGUCCUGGGACGUUUGGGGUCACUGAGUUCCUAUGCAAGUCUUGUGACAAUAUUUGUUGUUUCUUUUGUAGCUGUAACACUUCCCUUGCUUGAGCCUUUUGUGUUGAAAUUAGUAAAUUGUUUACUGUGACUUUUUAAAAAAUAAUGGCAGAAAUAA